AACAGUUAAUUGGAGUGCAACCUUCUCAGUAAAAAUGCAACCUCAUUUUUUUCAUGACUAACUUUUCUGUAAAAAUUUGUUUUUCAAUGUAACGGAAUUAAUUCACUUCCCUUUUCAUUUAUUACUUUACAUAUAAUAAAUAAAUAAUGACAGUCGACUAGUUAGUUGACCCCGCAUCAAGAAUUUUGUGGUGUCAUGCUGAUCUCUUGUUGAUCAAUUAUUGGUUCUGUAAUCGUGUAUGUAACUAAAUUUCCUAAACACAAGGCAAUUGCAUUAUUGACCACUAUAAAAAGUGUGUCCGCGAUGAAAUCAGUCGCAUUACGGUUUCGAACUGUUUAACAUCCGAAUUUUUAAUACGGCUUCACAAUGAACAAAAUUUUGAUAUCUUUCGCAAUUUUUAUUGGACUUCUAGUCACGACGAGACCAGUUAUGGGUGGAAAUCUUAAAGAUUUAAAGGCUGAGAGCACGUUUGGCUUCGGGUAUGGUGGUCUAGGAAUCGAUGGCUAUGCAGGAGGAGGUGGUGGGGGUUAUUAUGGAAAUGGGUGGAACAAUAACUUUGGUGGUGGGUAUGGAUUCAGGGGCAAUGGGGGUUGGGGUGGUGGCUGGCCGUAUUAUGCGGGAUAUUAUGGCCGAGGGCUCUACAACGGAUUUGGGGGAGGAUAUUACGGUUAAUUAAGGUCUUGUUAAUUUCUUAACAGCUUCAUAUUUAUUAAAAGAGUCAAUUUUUAUAUUUUACGUUUAGUCCACACAAUUUAAAGUUUUAACUGAAUAAUAAAUAAAUAAAUUUUUAUCAUUAUAA